CUACUCUGUGCUUAGUAUGUUUCCAGAAAAUGGUAGGAUAGUGUGUCGAGGUCUGACACGUAUUUAGCUAAAAAUCGUAAAUACUCUUCGUAAAGUUUACUAUGUUGUUAUUUUAAUUGAGCGUUACUAGUAAAUAAUUACCUAAUUAUUCCAAAAUGGAGUUUCGAGAAACUUUACUGGCUGCUCAACGAAAUCAACAACAAAAGUCAUCUGCUGAAAGUAUGUAUUACAAAGCACGGUUUGAUCCUCCAAAGAAGGAAUUGAAACCACGAGAUCGAUUGUCAGCCAAUAUUCAAAAGUUUUUGGCGAAAAAGGAAGAAGAAGAAAGACAGAAAAAAUUAGAUGCACAAAAGAAAAGAGAUGAGCUACUUGCAAUGCGAGACCCAAAGGCAUUAAGAAAGAUUCAAAAGACCCUGAAAGUAAUUAAGUCUGCUAAUAAAUCAGUAUUAGCAGACGCAAUUGACACAGAACAUACCGCUGUGACUAGGGAAGGUCCUGACCAACCGGACCAGGACGACUAUGGUUAUGAAUCACAAGAAGCUGCUGCCCUUUAUGAGAAAAUGAUGCAAAAAUAUAGCAAAGUGCCAGACAAGCCAAAAUUUGCACCGGGUACUAAUAAUGUGAGUAAAGAUUUAAAUGGUACAAGAGAAAGAGUUAAACAUGCACUGCAACAUGAAGAGGAGCCAGUUCCUCAUAAAAGAAGACGUCGGACUGAUAAUGAUGAUGGAGAUUUAAGUCCACCUCAAAAGUAUGAACCUGAAAAGAAAAAAGAUGAAAAGCCUGAGAAACCAAAAAUAAGAAAGCCAGCACCACCACCUUUGGAUUUUAAUCAAUUGUUGAAACUAGCUGAACAAAAAAAGAGUGUUCCCAUUGAAGUGGCCACAAAGAAACUUGUCACAGAGCCGGAACCCGAUAGACUCAUGACAAAGAAACAAAAACGGGAAUACGAAGAGGAAAUGGCGCGUCGUCAAAGGAGACAGGAACGUAUCGAUGCUGAAAAGGCCGGUGGUCGCAAAGCUCCUAAAGAAGAAAGAACCGUUGAAAAAACCAAAAGAACAGAACCUUCAACUUUCGGACGCAUUCCAAAACUAAGUGACAAAAAUUCCAACCAGAAAAAUGAUGUACCAACUAAAACGUACGAAAGAGAAAAAGACAGCGAACGCGAAAAACAUGAUGUGUUACAGAGGGAAAGAGAAAAAUUAAGAUUACAAAAGGAAAAAUUAGAACGGGAAGAGAAGAGGUUAAGAGAUAAAGAAAGGGAAAUAUUGAAAGCUGAAAAAGAAAGAAACGAACGUGAAAUAAAACUAAACAGAGAUAGAUUAGAUAAAAUUAAAACUAAAUUAGAGAAUAGACCAUCUGAUAAAUACAAAUCAGAUAAAAAUGUAGAUAGAGCUAAAAUUGGUUCAAGGGAACAAGAAAUUAAUAAAAGUAUAGACUUGAAGAGCCAAAACACAUACAGGAUAGAUAAAAACUCGAAUGAAAAAGAAAUCAAGAAAACAGGUUUGUCUCAAAAAUCAAACGAUCAAAAGUAUAUGAAUGGACACAGUUCACAAGGGAAGCCCGUGCCAAAACUAAAUAAGGAACAAAGCAUAAACAGAAAUGAUUCUAGGGAUAGAAUAGCUUUAGCGAAACAGAAAAUUAGUGAAAGUUCUUCCAAAUUAAACGGCCACGCCAGGUCCGAGAAACGACCGGAAGUCACUAAAGGUCAACCUCAAAAACGACCUGACGAAAAACGGCCACCUAACGCAAAAUUACCGGGACCGAGCAAACCUGCAAUGUCGAAUAGUUUUGAUUUUGAUAAGCAUGUGAAUUCAUUAGGUAAAAAUGGCACAAAACAAUUCCCGCCCAGCAAUGUCAGAAGGAAACCACAUCCUGAUGAUAGAAAAAAACCCAAACGUCGCAUGCUCGAUUCUGACUCUGAAUAUGAUUCGGAGAUGGAUGACUUCAUCGACGACGGCGACGAGAACAUGGACUACUCGAAGCACAUUAAGGAAAUAUUUGGCUACGAUAAGUCAAAAUACCGGCACAUAGAUGACGAAGACGAUCCCAUGAUGGAAUCGAGUUUCGCCAGACAACAGAGGGAAGAGUAUAUUAGCAAGAAAAUAGGUAUAAUGGAGGAUCUAGAAGAUAUGAGAAUGGAAGCGAUGGAGAAAAGCAAAAAGAAGAAAUCAAGACGACUAAGUGACGAUUGAAGAAACUGCUCAGACAAUGAACCGAGGCAAUUUUAAUUCUUAGAUUAUAUGUGUGGCUUAGAAAUGAAAUUUGAUGAUUUAUUUAUCGUUUAAAUGUGUACUGGGUUAAGAAUAAAACAAAUCUGGUUAAAAAAUAUAAACGAUCCUUGUCAUCAACCAUGUUUUUAAGAUAAAGAAAUAAUCAAGAUAAUAUAUAACUUUGUAUUUGUUAUAAAUUUCUAUUUAAUAAAGAUUAAAUUGAUAUUUUUUCUUAGAUUCCUUUAUCGAGUGUCCAAGAAGGUUGAAGAAGGAAUUGUAUUCUUCUAGAUCUUGUGGAGCAACAUUACGUUGUGUGCUGCGAAAUUCCAGUUUCCUUUUGCAAGGAAACUUUCGUAAUCGUGUUCAUCUGUGUCAGAUGUCAAGGUCGUGAACUCUGAACCCGAGUAUGUCCUUCAAAGUUUGAUGCCUUACUGAGGUUAUAAAUAUAUCAUCAAUCCACUGAUAUAAAUCCAGCUCAAUUACCCCAAUAGGUCAAUUCUAUGUCACAGUUUCGGGACAAGAAAACGGUUGUAUUAUAAUAAGGGAAGUAAAAAACUAACUUUUCUUCUGUCUUCGAGUUAAGUUUUUACUCCACAUUCAAUAAUCGUAUCAUUUGUGUUUCAAGCCGUAAUACCAAGUGUUGGCUAGAACUUAGCACUCGAAACGUAAAACGUAAACGUAAAAGUACGUUUUACGUUUUACAUGUAACAUUGUAACAUUGUUGAAUUGUACAGGAGUACUUAAAACAGCUAACAGAUAAAAAAACAAUUGACAAAACAAAAUGAUACAAUUGUUUUUUUUUUGUGACGUAUGUGUUUAUUUCAACUCUGAAAUAUAUUCUGAAUACAUUAGAUGAUAGUCUUAUUUCUAUUUGAACUUUUAAUACUAAUAGCACUACUUUCGAAUACAGCGUUUUUCAAUGAUAGGGUCUUAAACAGUACAAUAAGUUUAAAAAAAAGACUUGUAUAAGUUUUAAUAUAAUUUGUAGUUUCUUCUCAAUACAAAACUUUGAUUCAUUAUCCAAAUGUAGUCUAUAUUUGGAUAAUGAAUUAUCUUUUCAAAAUUGAAACUUACUCGCGUUUCGGCAGUUAGCCUCAAUAAUGUCGGUAUUAUCAUAUAUUAUAUUAUAUGCCUUUAUUUACUAAUAAGAAAUUUGUACACUUGCAUUAAAAUAUUAUCUUGAAGAGAUAAUUGUAAAGUUACCAGUAUUCUUAAGUAAUACAAAAUACUUUUUGUUUUAAAAAAUUGUCAUAAUAUUAUUUUUUCUUUUAAUGUAGAUAAUAUGUAUACUUUAUAUCUUAAACUUGUAGUGAAUUUAUUGUUAGAUUUUAAACUUUAAAACCACUUUUGAUCUCUCUGUCUGUUCCACAAGAUCUUUUUUGUUGUUUGCUUGUUUGUACAGUUUGUUUAUUCGUCGUCAAUUUGAAUAAUACAAAGGGUCAUAUUACUACAUUUUAUGAAACCUAUUUUCUAUAUUUACGAACUUAAAUAAAAUGUUAUAUGACCAAUAUAAGGGAUAAGAGUCAAUAAACUGUCAUUAGAUUGGAUUUAAAAACUAGUUAAGAAAAUUUAAUUGAAAACAUUUCCUAAAGUUUUUUUUUAAUGAAAUGUUAGUUACAUUAUUGAAAAGAUUUAUUUGCAAGUCAUAUUUGUCUAAAAUAUUUGUAAUUUAGUGUACGUCGAUAUCCUCUACAUACACUUCGAGUAUCUAUACUGAAAUGCCUACUCUAUAAAAGGCUCUUUCUACGGUAUAGGUAGCUGAACCUAUUUUGUUUGAAACACAAUAAAGUUUAUUGAUAUUUAUUUUGAAUUCCGUUAACAUUUGUAAUUUUACCAGCACAAUUGUGUGUAUUUAAGUUUUUAUUAAGUAAUCCUUAGAUUUAUACAAAAUAAAUAACUGCCUUUCUUCGGUUGUAUAAAAGUAGUUUGUAGUGAAAAGUGUUGUAAGAGUAACCAUUUUUAAUUUAUAUAAUUAUUUAAUUGUUACGAUUAUUUAAUAUUUUUCCCGAUUAACCUUUCAUGUGAUAACUUGAAGAGUUGAUUUAUAAUCGUUGAUAAUACUAAGAGUAUAUAAAUAAUUUAGUAACAAGUUUUGUAUAAUUUUGCAUUUUAGUUAAAAUUAUAUACAUAUAUGAUUUGAAAAAAAGGACAAAUACAAACGUCACGUUUCGGGACUAAAUAAUUUAUUUACUUAUCCAUACUUACUACUAUACUUAUUUUUUUUUUAUUUAUAAUAGGCUUGCAACGUAUAUUCGGUUGCUAUUCGGUAUUCGGCCUAUUCGUCUGCUUAUAUUAUAAUCGGCCGAAUAUCGAAUAAUUAAUUAUUAAGUUAUAUAUUUUGUUAUAGGGUGAUAAUUGAUAAAAUGAAAAAAAGAUCGAUUCAUUACGUAUGUAUUCAUUUUUCUUAUAAUCAUUUAAGUAGUCAUGGGUACAUAACCGAGAUGGCCCAGUGGUUAGAA